GCUUGUUGAUGACGUCACCGCAGUGCUUGCCCCAUGGCAGAGAAAAUUCUGGAAUUUGAAGCCCUUGCUUGACUCAUUGGUGGUGUCAACGUGUUGCUUCCAAUAAGGUUAUCAUCCCAAGGCAAACAUGGUGAAGGAAACUGGUUUCUAUGACACGUUGGGUGUGAAACCUAAUGCAACUCCCGAUGAACUAAAAAGGGCGUAUCGCAAACUUGCUUUGAAAUAUCAUCCUGACAAGAAUCCGACUGAAGGAGAGAAGUUCAAACAAAUCUCACAAGCAUAUGAAGUGUUGUCAGAUGCCAAGAAAAGAGAGAUUUAUGACCGUGGAGGAGAAAAGGCCAUAAAGGAAGGUGGACCCAGUGCCGGUGGCGGAGGAGGAACAUUUGCAUCACCGAUGGACAUCUUCGACUUGUUUUUCGGAGGCGGGAGGCGGAUGCACAGAGAAAGAAAAGGGAAGAACAUAGUGCACCAGAUAUCAGUAACACUGGAAGAUCUUUAUAAUGGAGCAACAAGGAAACUUUCUGUCCAGAAGAAUACAAUUUGUGAGAAAUGUGAAGGUCGUGGCAGUCGCAAAGGGGCAGCCCAGAUGUGCAUGUCCUGCCACGGUACGGGCAUGCAGGUACGCGUCCACCAACUAGUGCCGGGUAUGGUCCAGCAGGUGUCCACAGUGUGUCACGGCUGUCAGGGCCAAGGUCAGCGAAUCAGUCAAAGGGACCGCUGCAAAGGGUGCGGAGGGCGGAAGAUUCUGAGACAGAAGAAGAUUCUAGAGGUCUUCAUUGAAAAGGGAAUGAGAGAUGGGCAGAAGAUUGUGUUCCACGGAGAGGGAGACCAGGAACCAGGUCUUGAGCCAGGCGACAUCAUCUUUGUCCUGGACCUACAAGAACAUCCCCUUUUCACUCGGAAAGGAGAGGAUUUGACCAUGUCGAUGGAGUUGCAACUGGUAGAAGCUUUGUGCGGUUUCCAGAAGCCCGUCCAGACACUUGACAACCGAACUCUCCUCGUUACCUCCCAUCCAGGAGAACUGAUCAAACCCGGUGACACAAAGUAUGUCUGCAACGAGGGGAUGCCGAUGUAUCGCCGGCCGUUUGAGACAGGCAGACUCAUUAUUCACUUUUCCGUGGCGUUCCCGAAAGCCAACUUCCUCCCAAAGAACAAACUGAAGGAGCUCGAAAGCUACCUUCCGCUGAAGGUGGACUCGGAGCAGCCGGAGAGCAUGGACGAUGACCUCUACAUCUACGCCGACCUUGAGGAGUGUGACCUGGAGAACAGAAAACGACACAGGCAUCAAAACUACUACAUGGAUGAAGAUGACUAUGCCAGCACCGGAGGUGUUCAGUGCCAGACGUCUUAAAGGAACCACCUUGCAUUCCAAAACCUUCAUCUUUGAAAAUUAAGCGCCUUUUUUUGAAAAUCUCAUGCACCUUUUGUUUGUUUGUUUUAGUUAGGUUUUUUUUUUUUUUUUUUUGUUACUUUUCUCAGUUGUCGAGAUGAACCACAAAACUGUGUUCAAUAUGGUCAUUCUUGGAUGGAGGUUUGAAGGACUUUGUUGUUGUUGUUGUUGCUGCUGCUGUAAUGACAUUGUGAGAAAAGGUGAGGGCAACGUAAGUCUUCUGUGUGUCCCCUUAAUGCUUUUUAGUGCGGGGGCGUUCAGCUACGAUGCCAAUACCAUGUAGAAUAACCUUUUAGAGUGUUACCGAAUCACUUGCUGUUGUAACCAUCUUGUCAAUGACUUGUUCAAUCAAACGUGCGCAUCGCGUGUAUGGGUUAAAAUGCAGUGUGCAUGCGGUCUUGAUUUCACAAUUAUAUUUUCCCCUUUUAAAAGGGCUAUUUUAUAAACUUUUCUUGAUCUUGAAAAUGUGACUGACAAAGCUAAGCAAUUAAACAUUGCUUUGAAACUUAUUUAUCAGUUGGAAUUUCAAUAUUUAACUGGUUUAACCAUAAUUAGCUGCCAUGUCAAUCAUGGUUUUUAAUUUGUUUUAGUAACUGUCAAGUAAAGGGAUGACUUUACGGGUGCAAAGAAGGAAAAAUAAAAACACGAGCCAGAAUGCUGUUCCAAUAGAGUAGAAGGUGUAGAUAAAAACUUUUUGGAACUCCCAUUUGUUUAGUUCUUACUUAAAUGUCUACUCUGAACCCCCCCCCCCCCACCACCCCUGAAACAUUAGCAUGUUAUAAACUUAAGGAAAAGACAUACGGAAAUUCAAGUGACACGUUUUAAUCAACAGAAGACUUCAAGGCCUCCAAGUUAACAAUUUUGUCCCGUGUCAUGGUGGUUGUUGCACUGGUUGUUGAGUGUAAAAUGCCAUGUUGGUAAGUAGGGCUGCUGGUGUGCGCCUCUUACCUCAAUAAAAGAUACUCU